GAGCAUCAGAUCAGGACUGCAGAGGCUUGAGCUCCACCAUGCUGUUGUUGACGUUGUUGCUUUGUGGCGCCCAUUUGGCCCAAGAUGUUGCGGCGGGGACACAAGGGGUCGGAGAAAGCGCUUCGUCCUGUCCGGAUAUAGGCAGUCUGCAGAGGGAGCUCAGGGCCUUGAUGGAGAGGCAAACAUCUGUGGAAGCCAGUCUGACAGACGCCCAAAGCCAGAUCGCCGAACUGAACAGCAAAGCAAAAUCCACAGUAGUUUUUUCUGCCACAACUGAUGAGAUCGGAGCCUUCGGACCCUUCAACACCCACACAAACAUCCUCUAUAAAAAAGCAAUAACAAAUGUGGGUGGGGCCUACAAUCCAUCCACAGGUAUCUUCACUGCACCUGUUAGUGGCAUUUACUACUUCAGCUUCUUCUCUCACUCCGGAGGAAAUCGUUUUGUAUAUCUCCAACUCAUGAAAAACGAGGAAUUUAUCGUCGGAAUUUACGACCACCAGACAUCACAUGACGGGGCGGACAAUGGAGCCAACGCUGCAUUUGUGCAGCUGCGGCAAGGAGAUCAGGUUUCUGUGCGCCUAACUGCAAACACACAGGUGUGGGGCGAAGGGUCUCUGACCACCUUCAGUGGGUUCCUGCUCAGCCAAGAAUGACAGAUGUAAUCAAGUUUUAACGAGAUUUUACCAAAGAAUAACUUUUAAAAGUCUUUCAUCUGGAAAAAACCUGUUCUCUGUCAGACAUAAUCCCAGCUCCUUUUUAAACCUGCGUUUUCUCGCCAUCUGGGUGAUCAAUAAAGCCUCAUUCCCCAAAAUGUGGUUAUUUAUGUCAUCUUUCUGUUGAAGAAAGUAAAAUAAGAUCAAAUUUAGUGUGUAAAUCCGUAGAUGUCUUACUGUCUGUGUUUUUAAUAAAUGUAUUUAUGUAUUUGUUCA